AUGCAAAGUAGAAGAAACACUAUGGAGAACCCCUUAUUAUAUUCAUCUCAAAGCCAACAUCACGGAUGGAUUCAAGUCUCAGAUAUGAGGUGUCCUCCAGGCCACUGGAUGUCAUAUGGUCACCCAUGUGCUGAACAUGCUGUGUGGAACCCCAAGUUCUGUGUGGUCACUGACUAUCAAAUGCUGCUCCUGGACAAGGAGGAGAUACACCCUCUGCUCCUGCAGGAGAAGAGGACUGACACUUGUAAAUCCAGGAAGCUGCGUCGCACCAUCAGUGUACCUGUGGAGACACGGUUCCCAGAAUUCCAAUGCCAUCUAUCAGUGAACAACAGUGAGGGCGCAAGUGGGUUUAUUGAUAGUAGAAAAAAGGAGGAGGGAUUACUACCAUUUUUUCAGAAAGUGAUAAACAAGAGCAUCUCUCUCAGUCUCUCUCUCUCUCUCUCUCUGAGUCACUUCUGGCCUCUGGGAAAUACAACUAUACUGUCUGCUUUGACUGGAGGAGUCUCUCUAAUUAUUAGACCAAAGACCAAAGAGUAUGUCUCAAGCGGGGAAAAUCAAGCUCGAGAGUUUCCUCAGAAUGUCUGA